GCAAUUUCCGGUACUCUGUAACCGCCUUAGACCGCGAUUUUUUAAAAACAGAGCCUCUGUUUUUGUAGUGAACUUUAAUAUAAACAAGUAUUUUUCUCCUUCACUUGAAAAAAACAACACCAUGACGUCCAUCACAGACCCAAACCUGAGUGACAGCUUCACCAGUGCAAUGGAGGAGAUCCACAAAAAACACCUUAAAAUGUGUUCAGACAUCAUUGAUAGAACCGCAGAGGUGGCCCAGUCCCGCAGACAGUUUGUGAAGACGGCACAUGAUUCAUGCUUGAAGAAAUGGAAGGAUGAUGAGAAGCUUUUUGAGACAAUACAGGAAUUCAAAAUAGACCUGGGGAAAAAAAGUGAGAUACUGAAGGAGAAACGGCGGGCCAUAUCUGAAGUGAUGGCUGAGGUUCAGGAGAAGGAGAUGCAGAAAAACGACAUUAUUCAGAAAAUUCAAAAACUUACAGAGGAACAAACUAGAAGAAAAGAGCUAAUCGAAUCUCAAAAUAAAGCCAACAAAAACAGACUGCGGAAUCUCCAGAAAGCCAGACUAGUGUUUCAGGAUCACCUGGGGUUGGAGAUACGAACGGUCAUCGACAAGACAGAAUUGGUCAAAAGUGAAAAGUUGCAGUUUGUCUUUCGAAACAUCAACCCUUCUGAUCAGAACAACGCGUAUGUCAUCACGAUGGGGAUUAAAGAAGACAGAUCGUACCAGAUUGUGUCCAGUGACCCAGUGCUCGACUGUUUGCCAGUCUUGGAAAACCGACUUCAGGAGACCAAUAAUUUACCAGCAUUCCUGGCAAAUGUCAGGAAGGAGUUUAUCUCCAAGGCAUGCUGCUGAGCUUGGCCACUUCCUGUAAAAACCUGCUGUGAUGUUUUCAUUAUUGACCAAAGGCAGGGAGGAUACAAAGUACAACUGCCUUGUUAGGGUUGACACUGAAGUCUCUGUGCUUCAUGGCAGGAGUUUCAUCUUGUUAACAAUUUACUUAUCAUUUUGGUUUUAUUCGGACUAAGUUGUGGAAUGAAUUCACAGUUUUUUUUUAUCCAGUUGAAAAUCCAAAAGAACCAUUCAAAUUUAAAAGCUUUUCAUUUAUUGUGUUUUUAGCAUUGCUUGUGUUGCAAAAAAUAAAGAUCAUACACUUUACCAGUUCUAAUGUUUAAAUCUAUAAAAUGUCACAAUUGAGCUUUUCUGUAUAAAAUGCAUUAAAAAUAUUUUUUAAAAUGUCA